ACCAUAAAAAAAAAGAAGCUGAACCGUCAAAACAUAAACAGAGCAGUCAACCUAGUGUGAACGCAGCCAGCUUGCUUUAUGAACUGUCUUUUACCAAAACCUUUAUGCAAGCAUUCCUAAUGCCGUGUGUUUUCCGUCAAAGAAAUCCUAGUUGGGACACUUGGCUCAAUUGCUAAGUAGUGAGGUGGAGAAAAUAAAUCUGCAGUAAAGAUUAGGACUAAACUAAGAAGUACGCCUCGUCGGGCCUUCGAGUAGAGGUUCUCCCUCGGGUCGACGCAGGACAAAGGAGACAGAAUGGCUGAGGCUGACGGCAAAUCCACUGCGCUUAACGGUGGCUCUGAAGAAAAGGAACCUGGAGAAGAUCAACACAAGGAGGGGGAUGCCUCUGGAAGCAAAGAAGGACAAACACAGUCUUCUUCUCAAGAUGCUCCCAAAGAAACAGGAGAGGUAUCUGGAGAGAAGCCUAUGCCAGAUGUGGAAGGAGAGGAGGGCACAAACAGAGAGGGAGAGGAGGAAGAAGACACAGACAGCAUGGAUGGCAGUGGUCUGUACUCUCUGACUGAGGAUGGUGAAAGAGAAAGUGAGGGAGGCAGACAAGAGAGAGCAAAGGAUAAAGACGGUGGGAAAAGGGCAGCUAGAAAGAGAAAUAGACCUGGCGGUGGCACCAACCACUCCUCCAGCUCAGAUGAGGAUGAUGAUGAUGAUGAAGAAGAAGAAGAGCAGAAAGAUGAUGAAGACGACGAUGAGGCUAUGGAGGCAUGGCUUGGAGCAGAGCUCCGUGACCUCCGUGGGCCUAUAUGGCGGGCGAUACCCUCACUGCGCUCCCGGGAGAUUGGCAGGGACUCGCACCAGUUUGUGAGGCGUGUGUGUGGAGCCCGAGGUCUUGUGCAGAGGCUGGAGCUCCAAGGCCGCCUGGAGAAGCACACAGGCUGUGUCAACACGUUGCACUUCAACCCCUCAGGCACACGCCUGGCAUCAGGAAGUGAUGACCUGCGAGUUGUCAUCUGGGACUGGGCCAUCCGCCAUGCUGAGCUGGAGUUUGAUAGCGGCCACAAGAGCAAUGUCUUUCAGGCUAAGUUCCUGCCUCACAGCGGAGACUCCACCUUGGCCAUGUGUGCUCGAGAUGGUCAGAUCAGAGUGGCUGAGCUCUCUGCCACACAGCGCUGCAAGAACACCAAGCGGGUAGCACAACAUAAAGGGGCAGCACACAAGCUGGCCCUCGAGCCAGAUUCCCCCUGCUCUUUUCUGUCUGCUGGAGAGGACGCCGUGGUGUUUGGUAUUGACCUGCGUCUAGACCGUCCCGCCAAUAAACUGGUGGUUGUAAAGGAAGGUGAUAAAAAAGUUGGGCUGUACACCAUCUUUGUCAACCCAGCAAAGACACACCACUUUGCUGUGGGCGGGAGAGACCAGUAUGUCAGGAUCUACGACCAGAGGAAGAUUAAUGAGAAUGAUAACAAUGGUGUACUGAAAAAGUUUUGUCCUUCACAUCUGGUAUCCAGUGAGUCCAAAACCAACAUAACCUGCCUUGUGUACAGUCAUGAUGGCACAGAACUCCUGGCCAGUUACAAUGACGAGGACAUCUACCUAUUUGACUCCAACCACAGUGAUGGGGCUGACUAUCGCAGGAGAUACAAGGGACACCGCAAUAAUGCCACAGUGAAGGGGGUGAACUUCUAUGGGCCAAGCAGUGAGUUUGUGGUCAGUGGCAGUGACUGUGGACACAUCUACCUGUGGGACAAGUAUUCAGCUCGUAUCGUCCAGUUUAUGGAGGGAGACAGAGGAGGAGUGGUGAACUGUCUGGAGCCUCAUCCCCAUCUGCCUGGUAUGGCCACCAGUGGGCUGGACCAUGAUAUCAAACUAUGGGCUCCCACUGCUGAAAGCCCCACAGGACUCAAGGGUCUAAAGGAGGUGAUGAAAAAAAACAAGCGGGAGCGUGAUGAAGACAGCGUGCGCCACGGCGACCAGUACGACACCCAGCUGCUGUGGUUUCUGAUGAGACACAUGAGGAACAGACGGCCCCCAAGGGCACGCCGUGAGGGUACAGACCCCGACACAGAUGAGUCUUGGAGCUCUCCAGAUUCCUCUGAUGAAGAGGAAGGAGGUCCAGACCAUGUCCAGUGCAUGUCCUCCUGAGCCACACACACACGCACACACACGCGCACACACACACGGGCGCGCACACACACACACACACACACACACACACACACACACACACACACACACACACACACACACACACACACACACACACACACGCACGCACACAGUGGGGUGCAAAUAUCUGAGACCACUCUCUCUUGAAUAAGAAAGUGGUCUCAUACUUUUGGACCCCACUGUACAUACAUAUAUACACACUUUAUUGCCCUUGAAUUGAUGCACAUAGGCAAGCACUAUUGACACACUGGCAUACUCAAACACUGACGAGCCACAGACUUGGGGUUUUUCUUUCACACAUACAAUCUCACACAGACAAACACAUCAUACAUUUACUUAAAUAUGCUGUUGAAGCAGAGUGACAGAUUUGUUAACGCCUGGUUUCCCAGCAGUUACAAAUGUGCACAUGGCGGCUACAGUCUGCAUAUACACUUCCAGAAUCCUGAUUUUUGAGAACUGUACGAAGAGGUUUAGUGAGUGCUUACAUCCCUAUAAACCACUUGGAGGCCCCUGCUUGUCCAUACAUUAUCUAUAUGCUCUGCCUAGCCCCAGAACUAUGUACUGUGCGUGUAUGGCAACAAGCACCUCCAACUUUAGGCACCCUGUAGUAAGCUAUACAUCACCAGCAGACAUCCCCCCCCUCCCGUCAUCUCUUAGUAACACAUCUCUUGCUCUCAAGCUUUCUUUACUGAUGUAGAGGGGUUCAGCAGGGAGGAAGGGCGUGAACUCAAACCCUGAAACCAUCCCCUAAAUGUGACUUCCUUUAACAUUUGAACUUUGAGGGAAACCCCAGUUCCCGUCACUGCAUCGCCCCAGCCUCAUACUGAUUUCUGGCCCUGAGCUUGAGCAGUUAGUUGCGUUUAGUCACACGUUUGCUCCCAGAGGACUACUAAAUCUCUACAUGCUGCAUCACCCUACAUGCUGCCCUCAGCUGCUCCCUCCCCUCCUCUGUCCACCACCCUCCCCCUCACUACUGAGUGCACUUUGAAUCAGGGAUGCUUUAGUUUGAGACACAGACAAAAUGUGCACUGAGUGUGGAAUUUUUUGGGGGAAGAGCUGUUGUCUUGUCCUGUAUCUCAUUGGAAAAUAUCCACAGUGAAGUUUAGUUUCUUUCCUUUGUUUUUUUUUUUCAAGUGGAGGGGGAUAUUUUGCACUUAGAUAUUUCUUGACAGAGGAAGAGGAGGUUUCCUUUUGCUUCCACCAGCCUUUCCUCCUCCUCUUUCCUCUUCUUGCCCCCCUCACUCUCCAUCCUGACACACCCAUCUUUGACAGGAAAUCUUCAGUUCACCUCUCUCACUGAACAUUACAGUUGAGAAGCAGAUGGUGUUCAGCAUGUGCUUAGGAGAUAAGGACCGAUUUUGGGCUCUGUUGUUGUUGUUGUUGUUUAAAGAACGAGAACCGACCUGGAUCAAUCGCAAUUGAAACACUGCCGAUGAGCCAGUUCAGACUGGAGUGAUAAAGGACUACACUUGUUCAUGUGGUUCUUUUAAAAUCUUUCAGUUAUUCUAAACGUCUCCAAUCAAUUGCUGAGUGACGUUUUUCAGACAAACAUUUGAACCAGGUCGGGUGUUAGCAGCCAGCACACCACUUGGGAGGAAACUUCUGUCUGUGCUGUAUUAACAUUGGCUCAAAGAGGAGGACGGGGGUCGGCAGGGUCAAUAUGCUUGCCAGUCAUUUGUUGUGUGAGAGCGAUAAAGUCCAGCUUUUCUCAUUUUCUAUGAGAACUCUAGUUAGUUGAAUUUAUAUGUACAUAUAUAAAUAUAUAUUAAAACUGUAAAAAAAAAAAAAAAGGAAAAAAAAAAGAAAAAACUUUAGUAAAUGCUGUUUGACUUCAGAAAAAAAAGAUGUUGAAACAUUUGAUUGGUAUUGAUGCAGAGGUUUAUAUUCUAUAUGAGGACAAAGUACUUUUAAAUUCCAGAGAAAAAAGUCUUGAGGCACCAUUUUUCCUUUUAUGAAUGACAUCCCUCUGUUAUGAACAGAAUCACUGUCAUUUCAAGUAUUAAAAGUUUUGAUUCUCUUUCUUGUUAAAAAAAAAACAACAAAAAAACAGUAUUUCCUUUCUGUAUCUUACUCCAUCAUUUCAGACAGUUAUAUUCAGAAUUUUCCCACUGGCUAUUUUUGGCAUCUUGUAUACAUAAGGCUUUUGAUGGACAAUUUUUCUCCACCACUGCCUAAUAUUGCAUUCUACCAGUUCAGUUGGAAAUAUGUACGAUUCGUGCAAUAAACUAAAAGACAGUG